UUGUCAUCGAUUGUUUGCCACCUCUACUGACCAGUGUGAACGAAAAAAGAAAAAAAUCUGCUGCUGGGAUACAAAUAAAUUUUGGAAAAAUGUCUGCUACAAUGGCAGACAAGUUCUCCUAUCAAAAAACAGUGCAAAGUUUAGCACGUAUAUUGGCCCAAAUCAAACCAACGCCGUGGCCAAAGGUUCAGUCCCUGUUUCGUUAUUGCCCCCAAGAAAAUGCAGCAGGUGUCUUCUGUUUGGAUUCCCGUGCCCAAGAUGCCGUCAUCGCCUUGGGUUUGUAUUUCCUGGAGAGUGGUUGCCAACACGAAGAUCGCAUUGUACCCUAUCUCUUGAGACUGGCCAAAUGUUUGCCCAAGGCUGUUUGGGUUGAUGAUGGAAAAUGGAGUAAAACUGACCGCAUACCAUCGGCAGAAAAGUUUAGUUUCUGUCUCAACACCUUGCUGUCAGACAUUGCCUCAAAAUGUCCAGAGCUAAGGGAAGAGAUUAUUGUAAACCAAGUGGAGACAUUGAGUGCUCUGGCUAAUAUUAUAAAGUCCAGCAAAGAGAGUAGCUCAGCCCCGCCCCCUAUUAUACUGUGUAAAGCAACGGUGCCUUUGCUUUUCGGUUUGGCGCGAUCCAUGGGCCGUUAUGCCUCACACGAUCCACCAUUGCUUUGCCGCAUCUAUCCACGUGAACAAAUGCCUGUGGUAAAACCCAACCCCCGAGAUGGCGGCAGUCACAGCUCCAAUGAACGUUUGCAUUUUGCCCACUUUCGUCCCAUUAUACCACGCUCCAUGUCGGGGAGCCUCAGUCAAGAAUCGUAUGAAAUUAAAAUGCGGCACAUGUCCAUGGCCACCCACAUGAAUAAACAAAAACCCCAAUUACAUACAUACUUCUCGGUCCCCUAUGACCCACGCACCCAUUUCUUUACUCGAUAUGGCUCCAGCUUCAAUCAAUUCCCCAAUAUGCGUGUAACAGAGACACCCACUAAACAUCAAAAGUCCCUAACUAUGCCACCAUUUCCCAUACAACAUUUGCAGACCAUAUUUGCCGUGGCCAAAAAACUACUCACCAAAGAAACUUUGGAGCACUUGGACGAGCAAGCAAGCGAUAUCUUUGCAUUACACCAAAUUAAGGGUUAUUGUUACAAGAGUUUCUCGGAAACUCUGAAUUUAGUUCUGGUCACAUUGCUAAGGGAAAUAUUGCAACAUCAAAUCGAUUUGCCGGCACCAUUUACCAAAGAUGUGCAGGAGUUUGUGAAACGUUUAUUCUUAAAUGGCCAGACAGAGCUCCAGAACAAGCAACAGGACCAGGAGAGGGAAAAGAGGGAGGAGAACGGCAUACCCGUUGUCAAUAAAUACAAGGUGAAUGUCAUGGCCAAUGCGGCAUGUGUCGAUUUACUUGUCUGGGCAAUACGAGAUGAAACCGUUGAUGAGGAGUACAAUGUACCUUCAUUGCAGUAUGCUUUACAUUAUUUAAUGCAAAAAGAGGCCGAUAAGCUUUGUGGCCGCCUUUCACAAAAACUCAACUCCGUACUGUCCCACAAGAUCGUCAUGGACCAUAUGCCGUUGCUAAUGGUCUGCCUGGAAGGUUUGGGCAAAUUGGCUCAAAAGUUCCCCAAUAUUGCCAACACAUCGAUAUCGUAUUUGAGAGACUUCCUUGUUGACCCAAGUCAAAUAUUGGCUAAACUUCAUGCCCAUUCACAGCAAUUGUUGGCCCUGCAGAAAAAGGAAAAAGACGUGACCCCCUUCAAAAUUGUCGUUCAAAACAGUGAGUCCCGUUCUACAGUAGAUAUAUUCGGAGAAGGACAAAAAUAUGCCCCCUUACGAACAGGACAAGCAGCUUUUGAGGCUUUACGGGAUGCAGCCAUUGAAAAUUUGAGUAUUGCCCUUAGGGCAGCCCAGCCCGUAGAUCAGUUCUGUGUGCCAGCCCUGGUGGCGAAUGUAUCCAAUCGUUUGUUUACUGCAGAGAAACAUGAAUCGGAAUCCACUUUGGUUAGCCUGAACAUCAUUGUCAUGCUGGGUCACGUGGCUGUGGCCUUGAAGGACACCUCCAAAACCACACAAAACAUUUUGCAGUUCUUUAUCCAACGUUUCUGCAAAGUGCCUUCCGAACAGAAUGCUUUGAUUGUCGACCAGCUCGGCUGCAUGAUUAUCUCGCAGUGUGAGCCGCAUGUUUUCGAUGAGAUCAUGAAAAUGUUCUCACGCGUUGCCGUACAAUCGGCCUCCUUGGCUUACACCUCGGAUCCCGAACACCGCAAACAAUUCUUUAGCGUUUCCGAUGCUGUGGUCAAUGCUCUGGGCAACAUUGCCGCCAAUAUUCAAGGGGACGACGAGAAAUUAGAAUUGCUGGGCAAAUUGCUUGAACUCUUUGUGCAAAUCGGCCUUGAGGGAGAGCGUUCCUAUGACAAUACGCCUGGGGUGGCAAAAUCCCGUUCGAGUGCCGGCCAUUUGGGUAUGUUGAUACCGGUAAUCGCUGUGCUACUCAAGCGCCUGCCGCCCAUAAAAAAUCCCCGUUUGCGUUUACACAAACUAUUCAAAGAUUUUUGGGUCUAUUGUGUGGUCAUGGGUUUCACAAAUGCUCGUCUCUGGUCACCCGAGUGGUAUAUGGGAGUUCAACAAAUUGCCGCAAAGUCUCCCCUGUUGAUAUCACAGACCACCCACAAGUCGGAUAUGCGUGAGCUGAACUACACCUCGGCAAUUAAGAGCGAAACGAGCAAUCUGAACGAAUUGAGAAGUGAUAUAGUAUUGUUGUUGGAGCAUCCUACAGCAGAGGUGACGGCGGCCAUAAACAAACUCUCCUUUGCCCAGUGCACAUUUUUGUUGAGUGUUUAUUGGCUGGAAACGUUGCGUGUUGAGAACGCCGAGGAGCCAAGUUUGGAGCCAAUUCUAACGUAUCUCUGCGACCCGGCCCUGCAGAAAGACAAGUCAGGGAUAUGGCAAUGUGUCAAGUGCAUUGCUGAUCAAGUUUUUGAAAAAUUCCGUAAUGUCCUGUUUACCCGUGACGAGAUCCGUGAAAAGGUUUUGGAGUCCCAGGCCACUUUACUGUUGGUCUAUUUCAAUCACAUACACAAGCAGAUACAGGUGGUGGCUGAUCAAUAUCUGUCCCAGUUGGUGGAUAAAUUCCCACACUUGCUAUGGAAUCGUCGUGUGCUGUGGUGCAUGUUGGAUAUUCUACAAUUGCUAGCCUUCUCCUUAACCCUGGAUCCAAAUGAGGAGACGCCUACUUUGAGGGUGGUCUCCACACCGUAUACCCUGCAACUAAUGGACUCAUUGCCGGCACGAGAAGGUCGUCUGAAAGAUUUUGCUGAUCGCUGUCAGGGAAUUGUUAAUGAGGCCAUGAAGUGGGCGCCACGUUCAACAAAAUCCCAUUUACAAGAAUAUCCGAAUCAAAUUCCGACCCAGGUCUUGUCGCACCACAGUGGUUUGGCCUUGGCUUUCGACUCUGUCGUCAGCACUAAUAGCUACCAUCCAAAUGCAUUGCCAUCGAACAGCAAACGUCCGGCCUGUGUAAAGUCCGAUACUCCCCGCUUUGUUUCGGUUUUGUGUUUGCGCAGCAAAUACGCUGGUGAAAUAUCGGGUCUGCUGUCGGUUCUGAGCGAUGAAGAAAAGGCUGGUUUGGCCGAUCGCUUGGUCAACGAUGUCUGGGAGGCAUGCAGAGAGAAAAGUGAUGCCAGACACCGGGGAGCCCUGUGGAGGGCAACAGCUUACCUAAUCAUAUGCUCUGACAUAAAUAGGAAGCUGUUGCAUGCUGUGGCCACGUCCCAAGUUGAAUUGUUCACUGAAUCUGCAAUGGAAACUGCUGUCGAAUGCUGGCAAUGGGUGUUGACGGCCCGCCAAGACUUGGAGCUGUGCUUCAUUCAGGAAAUGGUUUCUGCCUGGCAAACAACUUUUGAAAAGAAAAUCGGCUUGUUUGCUGAGGAGGUGGAAAUCACCAGUCCCUUGGCAGCCUACGAGGGCUGUAAACUGGUCUCCAAAUCCAUUCUAGUCACUCCUCAUCUAAUAUGGCUGCAGCUGCUUUCGGAAAUGGUGGACACAGCCAAGUACUGUAAUCGCGAUAAAGUGGAAAUGUUUUGUUUGCUGCUGCACCGAUGUCUUCCCAUUAACAAGAAUAGCAAACAGAAUCGCCAAGUCUCCACGGUGGGUUGCCGUUUCAAACUUCUACAAUGUGGCCUGUCGCUGCUGCAAGGCAACACCGUACCCAAAUCCUUGGCCAGAAAUAUUUUAAGAGAACGCAUCUACAGCAAUGCCCUGGACUAUUUCUGUGGCCCUCCCACGUGUCCCAAUCAAAAUAAGGAACAGCUGUUGGAGGACAUAUUGAUACUGUUGAAGUUCUGGCAAACCAUGCGCAGCGAGAAGAAGCAUUUGGUUACAUCGGAAGUGGGUGACUAUGACAUACCCGCCACCACACCCAAUCAAAUGCUAAGCGUUACCAAAAAUCCCGAAACCGCAUCCCUCAUCAGCACCGGCGAGGCAGGAAGAUCUUCGUCCAUUGCUGGCACUGGUGGUUGGUAUAACUCUAUACCGCAUUCGACAUCCACCCUAUCGAAGCGUUCAAAUCGCUCCAAGCGUUUACCCUACCCCAAGGACUCCUACGACAAGGACUACAUGAAGAAACGUAAUUUGAUAUUGGAAUUGAUGGCGGUCGAAAUUGAGUUCCUCAUAACCUGGUACAAUCCGAACAGUCUGCCCGAUUUGGCCAUUCCGGGCGAAGAACAAAUUACGGAAUGGCGUAAUCGUCCUUACAAGGUAAAUGUUUGGAGAGAUUUUGCCCGUUUGGCAUGGUCUUACAAUCCAGCACUGGCCGUUUUUCUACCUUCGCGCAUCAAAAAUGCCGAAUCUAUCGAGGAAGAAGUUACCCGACUAGUGUGUUUGGAUCCCAUUGCUGUGUGUGACAUUCCAGAGGCUCUCAAAUACUUGGCCACAACCAAGAAUCUACUGCACGAGAGUCCAGAUUUGAUGUAUAUUCUGGUAUGGUCGCCAGUCAAUCCCAUACAAGCCUUGGCCUACUUCUCGCGCCAAUAUCCCUCACAUCCUCUGACAGCCCAAUAUGCUGUCAAGACCCUCAACUCUUAUCCGGCCGAAUCUGUUCUACCUUACAUUCCACAGUUGGUACAGGCCCUUCGACACGAUACCAUGGGCUAUGUUACCGAAUUGAUUAAAUUCAUCUCGAAGCGUUCCCAGAUCGUUGCCCAUCAGCUGAUUUGGAAUAUGCAAACCAAUAUGUACAUGGACGAAGACCAGCAACACAGGGAUCCCUAUUUAUAUGAAGCUCUGGAAGCUUUGAGCCACAAUAUAAUUGCCUCAUUUUCGGGAUCGGCCAAGCGGUUCUAUGAGCGCGAAUUUGAUUUCUUUGGCAAAAUCACAGCAGUGUCGGGAGAAAUUCGUAACUUCCCCAAGGGAAUGGAACGUAAGAAUGCCUGUCUGGCUGCCUUGAGUCGAAUUAAAGUCCAGUCGGGAUGUUAUUUGCCCUCGAAUCCGGAAGCCAUGGUAUUGGACAUUGACUAUAACAGUGGAACACCCAUGCAAAGUGCAGCCAAGGCUCCAUAUUUGGCCAGGUUCCGGGUGUAUCGUUGUGGCAUAACGGAGCUGGAAACCAGAGCCAUGGAGGUGUCUAAUAAUCCGAAUUCCCAAGAGGAUGCCAAAAUGACAUUGGGCGUGGAAUCGUGGCAAGCCGCCAUUUUCAAGGUGGGCGAUGAUGUGCGUCAGGACAUGUUGGCACUACAGGUUAUUACAAUUUUCAAGAAUAUAUUCCAGCAAGUUGGUUUGGAUCUUUUCCUGUUUCCAUAUCGUGUUGUAGCCACCGCACCAGGAUGUGGUGUUAUCGAAUGUGUGCCAAACGCCAAGUCACGUGACCAACUGGGUCGCCAAACAGAUUCCGGCCUGUAUGAAUACUUCCUGCAUCAGUAUGGCGACGAAAGUUCCAAGGAAUUCCAGGCUGCUCGGGCGAACUUUGUCAAAUCCAUGGCGGCCUACUCAUUGAUUGGCUAUCUGCUGCAAAUCAAGGAUCGUCACAAUGGCAAUAUCAUGAUCGACAAGGAUGGUCACAUUAUCCACAUUGAUUUCGGUUUUAUGUUUGAAUCUUCGCCCGGUGGCAACAUUGGCUUUGAGCCCGACAUGAAGCUGACCGACGAAAUGGUUAUGAUAAUGGGUGGCAAAAUGGAGGCACCCGCUUUCAAAUGGUUCUGUGAGUUGUGUGUACAGGCCUUUUUGGCUGUGCGUCCUUAUCAGGACGCCAUUGUUUCUUUGGUAUCGUUAAUGUUGGACACGGGUUUACCCUGCUUUAGAGGUCAAACAAUUAAUUUGCUGAAGCAACGAUUUGUCUCAACCAAAAAUAAUAAAGAGGCAGCUGCCCACAUGCUGGCAGUUAUACGCAAUUCUUAUCAGAACUUCCGAACACGAACCUACGAUAUGAUCCAGUAUUAUCAAAACCAAAUACCCUAUUAAACGCGUCUAAGAGCAUCGGCAAAUAUAUUCUAACUGGAUACUGGUUUUAUUUAAUUUUAGGAGUUUAUGUCCCUCACUACUCCGCCAAAUGCAGAAUGGUUGGUGGUGGUGGUGGUGGUGCUUGAAAUUGGAAUUUUAUGAAAUAAAUACAUACGUAUAUACAUAUUAUGGUAGUAAUAGUUAUGCUUACUAUAAUGUUAUAAUUGUUAUUCUUUAUUUUUGUUUAGAGAAUUUACACCUUGUGUAAUGCUAAAUGGUAACGUUUAAUUUAGGCGGCAUUCAAUUCUGCAAAAGGCAAAGAAAUUGGAAAAUAUUUUGUUUUUUAUUUUCUUUUUUCUAUUUUCCUAUAAACAAAAUUGAAUGUCCUAAAUUAAACAUUGAAACAUUCUAUAACUUAUUGUUAAUGUAUAUUUUUCCUAAUUAUAUUUAAGUUUUUUUUUAUGUAUUCACCAUUUGUUUCUCUUCUGUUUCUUUACAUGGCUUUGUGUAUUUAAUUUUGUAUUACUAUGACACAUUUCCUUUAAAUUUUCUAUGGUCCUGUGCCUAUUUAUGUUACUUUUGUUAUAUGUUGAUGCUUAAUUUCAUAUUCCUAUGAUGACAUUUUAAAUGAAACGAAAUCUUUUAAAUAAAGCUAAUCUUUAAAUUAUUGUGUUAA